AUGGCUGAAGCACAUGAAGCUGUUGCUUUUGAAUUUCGUGUUGGUGCCGAAGGUGUUAAUCUUAAUGUAAGUUAUGAUGUAUUCAAAGCACUGCUCUAUGCGGGCUUACGUUCAUGGAAACUUCGUUGUCGUCGUACAAUGAAUUCUUUAUAUAAUACAAUAUAUCCUGGUCAUCCACUUUUUGGUAUUGCUUCGUGUGGUAUUGUAUAUGGUCUUAAUACAAAAGGUCAUGAUCCAUCAUAUGGUUUAAUUGAUUGGCUUGAUUUACAUAUAUUUAAAAGAUAUUUUACACCAGAUAAUUCAAAAAUUCUUGCAUGUAUUGUAUUUGGUACUGGUGCAUAUAUAGUUUUAGUACAAAUUCGACAAUCUGCAUUGAAAAAAUUAUUUUCUUAUCAUGGUUGGAUGUAUCAAGAGCAUGGAAAAAAAAUGAGAUUUGGUACAAAAUUAUGGGGAAGUUUAGUUAAAUUAUUAAUUGGUCGAAAUCCAUCCUUAUAUUCAUAUCAAAGUGUUUUACCAACAUUACCAUUACCAAGUUUAGAUGAUACAUUAAGAAGAUAUUUAAGAACAAUUCGUCCAUUAUGUAAUGAUGAAGAAUAUCAUCGUAUGGUAACAUUAGCUGAAGAAUUUAGAGAAACAAUCGGAAGAAAAUUACAAAGAUAUUUAUGGUUAAAAUGGCUUAUAUCAACAAAUUAUGUAUCUGAUUGGUGGGAAAAGUUUGUCUAUUUACGUGGUCGAUCACCAAUUAUGGUUAAUAGUAAUUUCUAUGGCCUUGAUACUGCUUAUGUUCGUCCAACAAAAAUUCAAACAGCACGUGCAGCUAAUAUUGUCUGUGCUGCAUUUCAAUAUCGUAAUGAACUUGAUCAUCAAAAUAUUAAACCACUAAUGGUACAAAAUUUAAUUCCACUUUGUUCAAGUCAAUAUGAACGACAAUUUAAUACAACACGUAUACCUGGAAAAGAAACAGAUAAACUUGUUCAUUAUUCAGAUAGUCAUCAUAUUGCUGUUUAUCAUAAAGGUCGUUGGUAUAAAGUAUUUCUGUUUUAUAAAGAUAAUUUACUUCAACCAUGUGAACUUCAAAUUCAAUUAGAUGAAAUUAUUAAAGAUCCAACAUUACCAUGUUAUGGUGAAGAACAUUUAGGAGCAUUAACAGCUGGCGAACGUACAUUAUGGGCUGAAGCACAUCAAACAUAUUUUUCCACAGGGAUUAAUCGUUCAUCAUUAGAAGCUAUUGAAAAAGCAGCAUUUAUACUUAUUUUGGAUGAUGAAGAAUAUGAUAUAGGAGUCAAUACGACAGACAAAUUUGAUACUUAUGCACGUUCUGUUCUUCAUGGAAAAGGUUAUGAUCGUUGGUUUGAUAAAUCACUUAAUUUUAUUAUUAGUAAAAAUGGUGUGGUUGGAAUUAAUGUUGAACAUAGUUGGGCUGAUGCUCCAGUUUCUGUUCACUUGUAUGAAUAUAUGAUUGCAGAAGAUAUUGUGAAUUUUAGUUAUGAUGAACUUGGUAAUACACGUGGUACACCACGUUUUGUUGCACUUAAACCAAUUAAACUUAAAUGGUUAAUACCAGAAGCUUGCAAUAAUAUGAUUGAAAAAAGUCUUGCUCAAGCAAAAAACUUAUAUGAAAAUGUUGAUCUUCAUGUUUAUGUUCAUAAUGCAUAUGGAAAAGGUUUUAUGAAAAAAUGUAAAUUAUCACCGGAUGCUUAUAUUCAAAUGGCACUUCAAUUAGCUCAUUAUCGAGAUUCUGGUCGAUUUAAUUUAACAUAUGAAGCAUCAAUGACACGAUUAUUUCGUGAUGGUCGAACAGAAACAGUUCGUUCAUGUUCAAUUGAAUCAAGUCAAUGGGUUAAAUCAAUGGAGAAUCCAACAGUUACGAAAAAUGAACGUAUUAAAUUACUUCGUCGUGCAUGUGAUUAUCAUCAACAACAAUAUCGUGAUGCAAUGACUGGUAAAGGUAUUGAUCGUCAUUUAUUCUGUUUAUAUGUUUUAUCAAAAUAUCUGGAAAUCGAAUCACCAUUUCUUCAACAAGUUCUUCAUGAACCUUGGAAAUUAUCUACAAGUCAAACGCCAGUAACUUAUGAUGAUCAACAUUUAAAACGAUUGAUGGCUAAAAAUCCAGAUGUGGUAGCUAGAUAUGGAAUUAUUAAUAGCCACAGUUUGGUACCACUUGGUGGCGGUUUUGGACCAGUAGCUGCUGAUGGAUAUGGUGUCAGUUAUAUAAUUGCUACAGAAGAUUUAAUCUAUUUUCAUAUUUCAUCUAAUAGAUCUGCACCAGAAACAGAUUCAAAACGAUUUGGUCAACGUAUUCGUCAAGCAAUGGAAGAUAUGAGAGCUUUAUUCGACGAAGAAUCUCAGAAUGUUGAUGGUUUCUAUGAACACAAGAAGAUCUAA